AUGAGUGCUUUUGUGGAAAUUAUCCUUGACAAUACCGAUAGGAGAUUUACAUCAAUAGACAAUGCAGAGGUCAAAAUUCGAAGAACGGUUGGUCUGAAGAAAGAUGAAUAUUCCAUCAAUAGUAGAAGUAUCACUCGGCAAGAGAUUCUUAACCUGCUUGAAAGUGCUGGAUUCUCUCAAUCAAACCCUUAUUAUAUUGUUCCUCAAGGUAGAAUUACUGCAUUAACAAAUGCGUCGAAAACAGAACGAUUGAAAGUUCUCAAAGAUGUAGCUGGUACAGAAGUAUACGAUAGAAAGAAGGAAGAGUCUACCAAGAUUUUGGAAGAUACAGAAAGAAACCGAGAAAAAAUCAGUGAGACUUUGGUUCAAAUUAACCAACGAUUAGAGGAGUUAAAGGAGGAAAAGGAAGAGUUAUCUGCUUAUCAGAAGUUUGAAACUGAAAAACGUAGCUUGGAUCAUGUUGUGUACAACCGAGAGUUGGAAGUAAUAAACAGCAGUAUUGAGCGAUUAAUGGAGAGCGGUAUGGAUGGCCGUGAAGCUGUUGCCACUGAGACUGAGAAAUUUGGACUGCUGGAAGAUAACCUCAAAAACGCUGAGGAAGGUAUCACCCGAGCAGAUGAGCAGAUUCAGAUUUUAGAACGAGAAAAAGCUGAGUUAGAAGAAGAUCUAGAUGAAAUUAUUACCUCGCAUGCAAAGGCUGAACUCAAAUUAUCUGAAAUUCAAGAAAACAAAGCCCAAAUCAAGCAACGUCGACUAGAGCGCGAGCAAGAGAGUGCAGAACUGUCUGAAGAGAUCAAAAUUAAAGAGUCAGAAUUGUUAGAGAUAAUUCCAAGAUUUGACAAAUUAAAGCAGGAAGAACAACAGCUUCGUGAGUUGGUAGAAUCCCUGGAAGCUCGCCGAGACAGACUCGAGUUGAAGAGGGGCCAAAACUCGAAAUUUUCUUCAAAGGGCGAACGUGAUAGAUGGUUACAGGCUCAGAUCGCUGAUGUGGAAGCAACUAUUGCUGCUAGGAAUACUGCUAUUAGCGAGCUUCAAUUAGAGGUUGUUGAGCUUGAAAAGCAACUGCAUCAGGCAUCAGAGGGUGUUCUUUCUCAAAGGCAGGGUUUAGAUUCAGCUAGCGAGAUGCAUGGCUCUGCCCGGCGACUGGAGACAGAAGCAGCACUUGAUAAAGAACGUUUGCUAGAUGAACGUAAGGGCUUAUGGCGUGAGGAGAGCCGCUUAGAAAUUGCUUUGGACAAUGCUCAGCAGAAGCUUGACAAAGCUCAACAACGUCUAUCAGGAACUAUGAGUAGGGACAACUACUUAGGACUCAAGGCAGUUGAAGAAAUCGCCCGCGAAUUGAAUGUCAAAGGAUAUUACGGAAAAUUGUCUGAUGUUAUAUCAGUCUCCGACGACUUUAAGCUCGCUGUUGAGCGCACAGCUGGAUCAAGUCUUUUUCACGUUAUUGUAGAUACAGAUGAAACCGCUACUUUUUUGGUAAGCGAGUUAUCUCGCCGAAAAGCAGGCAGAGUUACAUUCAUGCCUCUUAAUAGGUUAACACCUUCCAAUCAUGUAUAUCCGGACUCGAAUGAAACGACACCACUCAUUUCUCGUAUUCAGUAUGAUCCAAAGUUUGAGCCUGCUAUUCAGCAGACAUUUGGUAACAUGCUUGUGUGCUCUACACUAGAGGUAUGUAACCAAUUCAUGCACUCGCACAGAUUGAACACAAUUACUAUUGAUGGUGAUCGAGUUGAUUCGAAGGGUGUAAUGACAGGAGGUUACCAUAACCCCAAGAACUCCCGGCUAGAUGCUUUACGGCUUGUGUCUGCUGCUCAAGAGGAAGUCAAUAGGCUUAACAACGAGUUGAUUGUCAUCAAGAAUAACAUCACGAUGAAGGAUCAACAAAUCACUCAUGCAAUGGGCGAAGCAACUCGGGUUGCUAAUGAACGCGCCCAGAUUCAAAGUAAAGCCAGGGCUUUUGAAGAAACCAUUAGAACGGCAGUGGCAGAGGAAUUAAGACUCAAGGCUUUAAUUGCUGCUAAGAAAGAAGAUUUGGUGGAUAGAAAUGGUAACUUGAAAUCACUGAUUGAGCAGCGCACCUCUUACGUUGAAGAUUUGAAGACGCCUUUCAAUAAUAAUCUUUCUUCAGAGGAGAUUCAAGAAUUGAAUACGAUUGGUGACAGGAUCCGCUUUUCAAGGCGUCAAUACCAACAGGCAAGCUCAGAACGGUCCAGGCUUGGCGAGCAGCGUGCACUACUAGAAUCUGAUCUUCAAGAUAACUUAUAUGUGCGGAAUGAUCAGAUCAAGACCAAUAAUAUUGAGUUCUUAGAGAACAAUGGGGACGACGCAGAAGCUGUUUUAAUUGAGAUUCAAACUCAAGUCAAAAAGCUUACAAAGGAGAAGGCCACGAUGGAGAAGAAAUUGUCCCAGGUGGAUCAUAAUCUAGAGGCCUUAUUUAAGGAGAAGAAUGCUCAUGCAGCCUCAUUGGCUCAGAUAGAAGAGGAUCAAACGAAACUAGCACAGCACAUUGAACAGCUACAGAAAAAUGCCGACAAAGAUGUUGCCAAGAGAGCACGUCUACAAUCCCGUAAGGAUAUUCUCCAUAGCAAGAUCCGAGCUUUAGGAACCUUACCAGAAUCGGUUAAUGAGUUUGUGAAUAUGGAUGCCAAUCAGAUCGUGGAACGACAGCGCGAAGUCACAGAACAACUCAAAAAGUACGUCCACGUCAACAAGCGGGCAGCCGAGCAAUACCGAGAUUCGUUAGAGAAACAGACGCAUCUGAUUGUUCGAGAAAGGGAGUUAUCAGAAGCUUUGACGUCGAUUAGGGAACUCAUCCAGACACUUGACCGUCGUAAAGACGAAGCAAUCAACCGAACUUUUAAGCAAGUUGAUAUUGCAUUUUCUGAAAUAUUUCAACAGCUUGUCCCUGAUGGAAUCGGGAGAUUGGUCAUUCAAAGAAAACCUGCUACAACUGGAAAUAGAAUCGAUUAUACAGGUGUGGACAUCGAUGUGUCUUUCAACAGUCGUAACAACGAGCAGCAAGCUGUUAGUCAAUUAUCUGGUGGGCAGAAGUCGCUUUGUGCGCUGACUUUGAUUUUCGCUAUUCAGCGUUGUGACCCAGCACCUUUCUAUUUAUUCGAUGAGAUUGAUGCUAAUCUAGACACUCAAUACCGAACGGCAGUUGCUCAUAUGUUAAAAGAACAGGCCAAAGAUGCACAAUAUAUUUGUACAACGUUCCGGCCUGAGAUGCUUACAGUAGCUGACAAAUUUUACGGAGUUGUUUACAAAGAUAAGAUGUCUACAAUUGCACCUAUUAGCGCGAGUGAUGCCAUGUCAUUUAUUGAGAGUGCCGCUCAAUAA